AUGGCUAAGCUUCUUCCAAGUAUAAAAAAUUUUAAACUUAUUUUAAACAAAGCACAGAAAUACCUGAAAUUAGCUUUUAUUAAUGUAAGAAAACUAAAAGAAAAAUCUGGAAUGGAAGAAGAAUUAACAAAAAUAACUGAUUAUGAACCGCAAAGUAAAAGACUUUGUACCGAAAAUAUAGAAAAUGAUUUAAAUGAUCAAAAAUUAAAAAUCAGAAAAAGAAAUGUAGCACUUUUAAUGGCUUACAAUGGCUCCAAUUAUCAUGGAAUGCAAAAAAAUUUGGAUUUUAAAACAAUCGAAUAUGAACUUCUUAAUGCUUUGGUAAAAGCAAAUUUAAUUCCUUCCGAAGCAAUCGAUAAUCUGCCAUUAAUACAUUUUCAAAGAGCAGCUAGAACAGAUAAAGGUGUAUCAGCUGCCAAACAAGUAGUCUCAUUCAAAAUAGCCGAAAACUUUCAAGUUGAAAAAAUAAAUAUGUUUUUACCGGAAGACAUCAGAGUGUUCAGUAUAAAAAGAGUAACUAAAGGUUUUAAUUGUAAAAAUCAAUGCACUGCUAGAACUUAUUCAUAUACAUUACCAACAUUUGCUCUGGCGCCUGAAUUUCAUGAUGAAUAUCCGAAAAAUUACAGAAUUGAUAAAUUAACUAUUCAAAAAACAAAUGAAAUUUUGAGCCAAUAUUUGGGCACUCAUCCUUUUCAUAAUUUCACUUCGAAAAAGGAUGGAAGAGAUCCAAGUGCUAAAAGAUAUAUUAUGAGUUUUGAAGCGGAGGAACCUUUUUUAGAAAAUGAAGAAGAAUUUAUUACUCUAAAAGUUAAAGGUCAAAGUUUUAUGUUGCAUCAAAUAAGAAAAAUGGUGGGUUACACAAUAGCAGUUAUGAAAGGUUUCGCUUCUGAAGCCAUACAAUCUAAAAUAUGGACAAACGAGAAAGUAUCUCUACCAAUGGCUCCAGGUUUAGGUUUAGUUUUAGAAGAUGUUCAUUAUGAUAAAUAUAAUAAAAAAUUUGGAAGUGAUGGCAUGCACCAUCCUCUUACAUGGGAGGAAGUAUGCAACGAAUUAAAAGAAUUUAGAAGAAAAAAAAUUUUUUCAAAUAUUAUUUCUGUCGAAAUGGAGAGUCAACAAAUGUUUAAUUGGUUGCAAUUCAUGCCAAAACAUAAGUUUGAACUUACUGAAGAUGAACUGGAGAUGAACAAUAAAAAGGAAGAAUCACUAGAUGAAAACAGUGCAGUAUAUUCAUAA